CCAUCCGACACACAGCAACUUCGCCAAAAUGGGUAUCGACAUCGCCAAGCACCACGUCAAGACUGGGCGCCGCACUGCGCCCAAGAGCGAGGACCCCUACCUCCUCCUUUUGGUGAAGCUCUACCGCUUCCUUGCUCGCCGCACCGACUCUCGCUUCAACAAGGUUGUUCUGCGCAGGCUUUUUAUGUCCAAGAUCAACCGUCCCCCAGUUUCCGUCUCUAGGGUGGUGUACCUUUCUCGCAACCAGGGAGGUGUUCCCAAGUCCGGCGAGGCACCCAAGACUGUAGUAGUGGUGGGAACCAUCACCGACGACAACCGUCUUCUGGACCUGCCCAAGCUGUCCAUUGCUGCUCUGCGCUUCACGCGCACCGCCAAGGCACGCAUCGAGGCUGCGGGUGGUGAGGCACUCACGCUGGACCAAUUGGCCCUUCGCUCUCCUAAGGGAUCCAACACCAUUUUGCUGCGUGGCCCCAAGAACGCCCGUGAGGCCGUCAAGCACUUCGGCAUGGGCCCCCACAAGCACAAGAAGCCUUACGUCCGCUCCACUGGCCGCAAGUUCGAGCAGGCCCGUGGACGAAGAAAGAGCCGUGGUUUCAAGGUCUAAAUGUCCUGGAAGUCUUCUCUUCAUACUGGUCGUCGCGCAAGCGAUCAUCAUCAAGCUCACCGUACCUUGGAGAAAAGCUUGUGUCACUUCAAGCAAGCUCUCACCUAUGGUCUAUCGUCCACUCGGAUAGAUCUAUACAGACUCAUGUCACGCACACGGUGUUUGGCUGUCCUGCACAGACACUCGUUCUCAAAAGCAUGUACCAACGCACCCUCUACUCUCACAAUGAUAUGCGACAAGCUCGAUUUUCUCGCGAACGUCCUUCGCUCGUCUUUGUUUUUCUCUCUCUCUCAAAAAUCUCGAGCCUGAAUAAUUGAGAAGAAGUCGAUGAAGCGCACAU